AGGAAAUCAGUGAGUGGUGCAGUGAUGUCCGUAGCUGUAAAUACAGCCUAAAAGAAAACAGGACAUCUGUAUGGACUGAAACAUUUGUUUUGUGGACUAAACGAGUGCAAAUUAGAGUCAGGACUAAAAGAUGCCAGCAGCACAUCUGGCUCUGGAGGCUCAGAUUUGGUCGGUGAUGGAGAGCCUGGCCAAAGCAGCCGUGGCUGAGAUCUGUAAACUGAUAGACUCCGAGUCUGUGGAGAUGCGCUUAGAAAUCCGCAGGGGCCAGACCGAGAUCGAGUCACUGAAGGGGAAACUACGGGACCUGAAGAAAACUUUGAGAAAUAAUUCUUUCUCUACAGCUUCUCCAGUCCUUCCUCACUCGCUCGGCAGUCAGUUUGGCGAGCAUGAGAGAGAAACAAAAGCUGAUGAUCUCCAAGAGGCUGACUGUGGGGAGGAAGAGGAAGAUAAUAAGACCAGCUACACAGGACUGAUGAACAACUUACAGGAGGAUGCCAACCAAGGAAGUCGAAAUUCUCUUCUGAGCUGUGAGAGUGAACAGACGCGGAGUGUUUUUCCACUUAGUGAGAAAGAUGCUCAGUUUAGACAGUCCCAGAUUCUUAAUAACUCACUGAUCACUGGAAAUAAAGCAGAUUCUGGAGGACUCGGCACUGCGGCUGUAAAAGUGGAGUCCGAUAGUCAGUCUGUGUCCAUAGGAGAGUGUCUUUUCGAGGGCUGCACAAACUCACAAGGCCAAAUGAUGGGAGAUGGCAACAACCACUUUGGCAGUACAGAAGAUUUUCAUCCCCAGUCUCAGUACUCCAUACAGUCCCAUCACUCUGAAGAGGCAUAUGAUUGUAAUUAUGAUAGACUGUUUAAACAUCUCAUAGAGCCACUGAACGGGGAAGGGAGCCUUUGUAGGCUGGAGUUUAAGACUGAGCCGGAGGAGGAGUCUAUAGCAGAGAGGGCAAAUGAAAUGGCACCAUGUGAGGUGACGGACAGUGAUGCUCUACCACGACCCUUUUUGACCACAAUGAACUUUGAGACACAAGGCAGUUCUUCUAAGCUACAGCAGACUUUAUAUGCUUCCCACACAGACCCCCAGCUGUUUCACCUGGCUGGGACCAGUGAGAUAUUACCCUCUUGCAGUGUUAAGCAUUCAGGUGAGCCCCAGACAAAGCAGGCAAAAGCAAGAAAGAUCCAAGAGCGAAUUCAAGCUAAAACCUUCAAACAGAACGCAGCCACCUGGUCCACAAUGCUGACAAAGGUGAAGACUAUGCCAAAAACGAACAGACACAAGCCGUUGCCUUGUUCUUUUUGUCCUAAAAGCUUCUACAAUGCUUCUGAUCUAAAGAGACAUCAGCGCAUCCACACAGGUGAGAAGCCCUUCGGCUGUGCCGUGUGUGGAAAGCGCUUCGCCCUCCGAGGAAACCUCAUCACCCACGAGAGAGCCCACAGCGGCAGCAAACCCUUUACGUGCCAGCAGUGCGGGAAAAGCUUUGCUCAUGGCUCCAACCUGACCGCCCAUCAGCGUGUCCACACUGGAGAAAAGCCUUUCUGCUGCUCGCUGUGCGGGAAAACGUUCGCUUGGCAUUACCCUUUCAAAAGACACAUGACUCUGCAUGGUCAACAUGGCCCUACCCAGUGAUUACAGUCAUAUUUGGGAUCCAUGUUCUCUGUAUAACUGCAAAGGUCUGUUCUACUAAAGGUUCCUAAAUGGUUCUUGGCUUGGAUGUACAGUUCUAGUUAAAACCUUAAAUUGGGACAAAACCUUUGCAUUAUGUAAAGAUUUUGUUUAAAUUUAAAAGGUUCUUUGCACUCACACAUUUCAGUUUCUGUGAAGAACCAUCAAUUGAAAGGUUCUGUGAGGAUCCAGAAGUGGUUCUGUGGCAGAGAUCUCCAGUGCUCCUCCUGAAGAUCUACUUUUAAGUUAGUUCCAACCUGCAUCCACCCCUCCCUACAUUCCCCCUUUAAAUAACAGUAAUGAUCCAGCCAAUCAUGGACUUCUAAAGAAGUUAAUUAGCUGGAGCAGAUAUGGCAAAUUGUGUUGGGACUAGAAUCUGCAGGAAGGUUGAUCUUAUUGACCAGGGUUUUGUGGCAUCACUCCAAGGAAUCCUUUUUUGGCUCCACUCCAGGUUUCGCCCAUCACACCAAAUGUCAACUUUCAAAAGUCACACUGAAAAAAGUCAUGCAUUGACUUUGCUGCAUUGAAGUGUAUACAUAAAUUCCACAAUAAUAAAAUAUAUCAGAGACAACAGCCCAUCUGUUGCUGCCCAGUUUGUGCUGGUCAUCCUCUAGUCCUUCAUCAGUGGUCACAGGGCACUGCCCACAGGCAGUUGUAGGCUGGAUAUUCUUGGUUGGUAGAAUAUUCUUUGUCCAGCAGUGACACUGAGGUGUUCAAAAACCCCAGCAGAACAAUUAGUGUAGAUACAAGAAGGUGUACCUAAUGAAGUGGCCGUUUGUGUUAUGUUGUAUGCAGAAAUUUGAAUACGCCUGGUCAAAUGACAUGUUUUGUGAAAAUAAGUGAAAAUAAGUUAACACAUCCUCUACAGGAAACAAACAUGUCAUUUUUCUGCUACUUUUACUGAACAAUUUCCAUUUGUUUGCUGAGUUUAAUGUAUAGGCCUCUGAUAUCGUGCCGAUAUUAGCAACUGGGUCUAAGCUGGAUUUCUCUACAGCAAAUAUGAAUGGGACUUUUGAAAAUCACUGUUCUUACAUUCUGUCAUACACGAAAAGGAUCCAAACCUGAUAUGUUUUGUCCUGUGUUCAUUUUUCCUCUGAAUAUCACGGGGUCCUAUGAAUAAUGGGGUUGUUAAGGAGAUGAAAUUGAAAAAAUCAUUCAUGAUAAUGUUGAAAUGAUGUCACAUAAAAAUAAGUCUAUUAAAUUUCAACACUAAUAAAUAUCAGCACUAGCUAAUCUUAAUGCACUCUACUACAAGCAAAACUCCAGCAUUCUUGACAAAGCUUAUUGGUUUGUAUGGGGUAUUUUAGUGAGGCUGUCUAUCUUAUGAUGAAUUUAUUGCACUGCAGUAUUGCAGCAAAGUUCAUAUUUCAACUCCUUAACAACCAUGUAAUUAAGAGGAUCCAAUAACAUUCAGGGGAAAAGGCGAUUUUCAAAAGUCUUAUUCAUUUUGUCAUAGAGAAAUCCAACUUAGACCUGCUAAUAUGGGCAUGACACCGACUACAGAAUGACAACACGAGUUCAGUGGUCUAUUAGGAAAAAAUGAAACGUAAAAUAUAAAAUGUGCCAUUCUUUUCGCACAGGCCACAUAUACAAAUAACAGUACUUGUGUUGUUCUCUGUAGAGGAUAUGUUAACUUAUUUUCACUUAGAAAAUCAACAAACCGUCAUUUGACUGGGGGUGCCCCAACUAUUGCAUACAACUGUUUUUUCUUCAUGUGGAAAUGAGGUACACACUGUAAAUUCAGUCCAUCACUUUGUUGACUGCACCAGCGCUAGAAGAGUGACAGUGAUGAAAUGUGUUGUUAGCAUGUUUAGCGUGCUAUCUGAACUCAGAGUCUGACCAUGUUAGUGUUUGAGCUUUAGGAAAAAGGAAGUUCGUUCAGCUGAUAGUAUGUUAUCAAAGGCCCAGAAACACAUUGACAUUGUCAUGUCAAAACCUUGCAACUCAUUAUACCAUACAUUGACACCCAAUACAGACAGGAAUGUUUGUUCCUUCCCCUUAAAAGAUGCCAUUUUGGAGAUACAAGGUUUUGUUAUGUCAUUGACAACAGAAAUAAUUAUAUAUAAUGAAGAGUGAUCUGUAACUAAAUAAAUAAAACAGGAAAAACAUGCAGUUCAAUAAUCCAUUUAUUGGACUUUUUUGUAUUUAUAAAGAAUGCAUAAACUUUGUUUGAACUUAUAUCUACUAGCAACGUACUUGUUUGUUAAAUGCAAAUACAAAGAAACAGGCGAACCUGAUUAUUUGAAUGAGUACAUAAUAAGAAAAUGUAGUUUUCAGAAAUAUAUUUCUUAUUAGGAUAUUGUUUAUGUUUGCAGUAAAAGGUUUUUUACAUAAGUAAAAGGUUGUUAACAUAUGCUGUAAACAAAGAAAAGAUGUGUUAUGAGGUGAUGAUGGAUUUGCUUUUCUGACCUCUUUUACUUUUGUUAACUGUCUUAUGUAAAACACCCCUCUGUGGAGCUCAAAUACAGUGCGUUUGAUAUUACAAUUU